CUCGGCGGAAUGGCGGAAGAUGGCCGUCGCGUGUAAGCUGUAAAUCAUUUGUUUACUUGAAUUUUCAAAGUUUUAUAUAAGGAAAGUCGUUUUGAUUCUUCAAUUUGUGUUUAAACGUAUUUAAUCAGUGUUAUUAAUGUUUAGGAUUUCAUUUUAGUUAACUUGUGUUCAGUGUUAAUUCAAAAAGGUGUAAGUUUCUGUGAUCGAGACGAGUUCUCUAGUGUUUUGUGUGGAAUGUGCUGAUAAUAUCAUAGUGUAUGCAGCGUUUUAUGUUAUUAAACUAUCAGGAUAGCAUUCCGAACUUAAAAGAUGAUCAACAAAAGCAUGUAGCGUAAGGCAUACGCCAUGAGUCACGCGGGGCUCGUGUGGGCGACGUUGCUCGUGAUGUGGGCGGGCGGGCAGCUCGGGCAAUCGAAGCAGAUGAGCGAGACCCUUCAGCGGGCCCUCUCUGCCGUCAGGGGACCCAGUCCUGGCGCCAAAAAGCUGCUGAAUAUUCCUGAUGAUGGAGCGGACCCAUUGCCCGGCAAGCACGUCCCACUAGAGAGCUAUGAGAGCGAGCUGGAGCGAGAACAUGCCCUGCCCACGUCCGUCCCCAACGCCGACAUACUCAAGACUAACAGCAACCCCACAUACCACAAGCCCAGGCCGCCGGCUCAUCACGGAGCGGCGUUGUUGGCGGGAGUGGGUGCGGUGCCGUCCUUUGCGCCGCCCGGACGAGUCUUCUUUACGCCGCCCUUGCCGCCCGAGUAUAAGAAUCCAUUCGCCGAUAAGCCGACACUCAGAGGCACCAACACUGACGGGAACAGCUAUCUCAACCGGCGGCCUAUUCCUCCACCCUCCCUCGGGCCCGGACACGAGAGGAUCCCCAUCAGACCUCCUGGACAGGAGACGUCUUCGCCGCAAGUGCCCGCCCCGCCCCCCGCACCGCCCGCGCCUCCGCCCGCCCUUCCCGAUCUCUCCAGGAAGAAGGCCCUAAAUACGCCCAGCCAUAAGCCGGACGAGCUCGAUGGCGACAAGCAUGGUUCGGAUCAGGCUAACUUCACCGACUUUGUUCCCAAUUCCCUCAACAUUCCCACGAUAUCUAGGAUCCUGUCGGGCUCCAACGGGAGGAAAGAGGACAUCCCGGACGUACUCCUCAGGACCGUCACGGCGAAACCGCAGCACUCUCCGGAGAAAACGUCCAAAAAUGAAAUCUUUGUCACCAAAGACGCAGGAGUCACGCUCAGUGACAACAGAGAUGCAUCCACAGAAGGUGUUUUAGCCGUUUUAGACCCUGAUAUGAACAAUCUGGACAGACCCCUCAUCGUAGACCAAAACGGGGAGACUAACACGCGAAGAAACCUUCAGUAUGCGACGAAAGAACGAAACGAGAGCAGAAAAGAAUACACUCCCGCGACGACCAUCGGCUUUGAACUGAAAGAUCCGGAAAUGUCGACGGAAAGAUAUCACAACCUGGCAAAUGUAAAUUCCGACAAAAAAGUCUUGAAACAGGACGUGAACAACAUCAUCGGGCCUCAAAGGGCCGGCGUCACGUGGCCCUUCGCUUGGAAUUUGCACAUUUAUUUGGCCACCGGCAUGUUUACUAUCUUAGCCAUUUACUCAAUCUUUAAAAUAAUCUGCUACAAUAAAUUCACGCAUCUCUUCACCCAAUAUUACUUCAUCAUCCUGCACCUGAUCCUUGUGUUCGUAUGCCUCUUGCGGAUAUUCUACAUGUGCUACGACCCUUACAACAUCAACAACUCGCUUCCGAUAUUCAUCAGCGAAAUCUUACUCCACGUGCCCGAAAUAUUUCUCAGCGUGGCCUUCGCCAGCACGAUUCUAUUCCUUCUAACGAACAGUAUCAACUUCAAGACGACGUGUUGCGCGUUUUUGUUCAGAUCUCGGACGAUAGUGAUCGCGGGAGGCCUUCAUCUGUUAUCUUGUGUGACGUUGCAUAUCUUUGAAAAUACUAGUACUAUUUACAGGACUCGUCAGGGCGUCGAAAAAAGGGUACUAGGUCUAACGUGUCAAAUUAUAUUUAUCAUAGCGUGCCUUACCCUCGGUCUGUGCUACUUGUACGUAUAUAGAAUGCUCAAAACCGUGCUCCAGAAAAAGAGCCACACUUAUAUUCACGGGUUUCAAAAUUUGUAUCAAGCUAUACACAUAAACUUGGCCACGGCCCUGCUGUUUGUCCUCAUGGCGGCUCUCCAAAUAUUCGGAAUCUUCGGCAUAAAUCAAGUGAAUAUGACAAAAUUCGAUUGGCUCCAGUGGGGCUAUCAGUUCUCGUUGCGUCUCAUAGAGAUCAGCGUCGUAGCUCUCAUUUCGUGGGUUAUAAGUUUGAAAGUGGGGAUCGUUGCGUCCCUGCAGCACGAGAAGGCCGACGGGCAAAAGAUAUCGGGGCUGGGUCUAUUCCCUUGCGCGGGCGGAUCCAGCAACGAACAGUUCGAAUCGGACUAUCCCGCCAUCUGUAACACAAACACGAAUCUGCACACGUACACGCUCAGAACGGGAAAGCCUAUUUACGAGACCGCCGGCAAUCAUCACGCGCCCGACCAGUGCUGCGCGGGACCCGUAGACCACCAGAGAUUCCACUUGACCACGCUCGCGGCCAACUGCGACAAUAAUUCUGGCACCGAGAACUAUUCGGGACAUAGCUCUAUCGCGAACGCCGGCCACAGCAGCUCCACCGAGUCCAGCAACGCCACCUCGAGCCAAGGCGCCAAUCUCAUCAAGCAUCACCCGAGCGUGGCCGGAUACAACGGCAUCGAGUCCGCGUCCGACGACCACUAUUCCAACUGCGACCCCGCGAUGCACUCGUUGCAGGGUGACGACCCGCUCGACCACGAGUACAACGUCAUCCAGUACGGAAGCAACAACGACUUCAUCAGAGACAUUAAAAACCAGACCUACACGGGUGGCUCCAACCGCAGCUCGCACAACUUCAAGCACGCGUCCUACGACCGCACGUCUUCCAGGACGAACAGCAACCCGCGUAGGAAACACCGGCCCAAGAACAAAAACGUCCAAAAUUGCAUGACGAUGGGCUACGACCCCGCCAUGAGCCAUCACUAUCAUCGGCCGCACUCCCCAGAUGAGUACGGCGCCUACGACGCAGAGAAUGCGUCCUACCACGCGUCCGGCAUCCAGACCCUAAACCCCGGCAGAACCUUUGAGGGUUGCCAGGGGAGGAGUUCGCAGCGACGGAACUCGCCGUCGCUGGCCAACUCUGCAGGCGGCAGUCAGCGGAGAGGCAAGGGCAAUCCGUAUCCGGACCGACCCAAGUCGACAGACUUGUACGGAUUCAGUGAAGACCCCGAUGAGAGAAACUAUCCCCGGACGUCCGGAUCGCCGCAACAGGCACCCGGAAACUGCGGCUACGAGUACGCUCGGCCUCAGGACGAAAUAAGCUCAAACGACGCGGCUGGCACGAUGCUCGUGGCGCAGGACGGCUUUGUCAGGUUCAGGCCUCUGGAGGACGGGCCCCCACAGACCUGACUCUCGUCAGAGGACCUCGGCUCCUGAAGGCGCGCUUCGACGGCGCAUGUAAAAUAUAAUGUCGGUGUAUAGUAGAUAUAAGCGGUGUGGACCGCCGGCCUCUUGUACAUAGCGUAAGUUAAUCGAGAUCUCGCCUGAGACGAUGCCAUUAUUUUUAAAGACGCGACUUAGACGAUGCGAUGAAUGUGUUAUCCGUUGAAAUCCGAAUCUGUUGUUCCGUUUGUGGAGUAUUAGUGUUGCCAUUAAAACCGAAUAAUUUAUUUAUAGUUAAAUGUGUAGGGAUUUUUUUAUUUAAACUGCCAUAGUUUUAAUUUUUGCAAUUAUUGUGAAGGACCAGUCCGAUCGACCUCUUUAUUAUGUGAUAACUUCGAUUCGAUUCGUAGGCAAUUCUGUCGAAUACUUAAGCGAAGAUUAUCAUCCGCCCUCUUUGCGUUUCUGUUUAAUUUCUUUGCAUUUAACGCGAUCUUCUUAUAAUAUUUCCGAUAAAUGUUAUAUUCAUAGUAUACAUGAAUGUUAUUAUAAUGAUAUAUGAACGUGAAAUAUCAAAUAAUCAUAAUAUUUAUUUUAUGCACGAAGAUCGUAGUACUUACAUGUUUAAUAUAGUCUGUGUCCUAUUUAAGUGUUACCAGGUUUAGAUGUUUUUUCUUACGUUUAGAAAGUAUCUGGCAAUCGGUGUCUACAUUUUCACAAUAUAUUCUGUUCGAUAUAUGGAGUAGUCGGCACAGAGUCGAUCGAUUUAGAGUUGCAAUGAAAAAUAUCAUUUAUAUUAUUACAAAAUUAUCAUAACCUAGUCAAAAUGGAUUUAAUAUGGUUAUCGUAAUCCUGCCAUUGACGUGAGAAUAAAGAAACCCUAGUAAAAUCAGAAUUUAUUGUGGAUAGCACAGGACUAUCCCAAUGUUAUGUCGAAAUAUUACGUUGAACAUAUAAUGUGCGUUAUCAAUUAGAUAGGUGAAAAUAUAAUUGUAUAAAUUAGGACGAAGAAUUUUAUUCGAAAAGAUAUUCUCGAACGAUUGGUGUCUUCGAGGCUAAAACGCGAAUGAGUGAAAUGCGUUGUUACGCUUAAAGUAAAUGGUACCUAUGUUUACACUUUCUUGAGUUUUCUACGAAACUGCACAUUUAAUUGAUCGUAACGCUGCGUUUUACUCGUUCGUACGUUCCUCGAGGCGUUAUUUGUGCUCACUUUAAAAUUCUAUGUACAUAAUAUAAUCAUCAUAUUGUAUGGUGUAUUUACCCUUGUGAUGAGUCACGUUUUAUUUGUAAGAGUGUAUAUAAACAGCUACAAAAGUAGCUAAUAUUGGCUAUUUCAGUUUUUUGUAAAUUAUAUCAUUUAAAUAUUCCAAGACUGUACCUAUGUUUAUCAUUUAUGAAACAAGUGACAUUUAAUAUGUAUAAUAAAUAAAA